AAUACUCCGGUAAGGAGUGAGUGUGCGGAAAUAAGCGAUAAAAUUCCAAUUUUUAAUGAAACAAUAAACUUAUUGCAUUUAUUUUAAAACAUUCGCUGUUUUUUAUAACAUUUUAUUCAUAUUUAUAUAAGUGUCUGUCAACAAAAUGCUACAAUCUAUUUGUCGCAAUGCCUUUACUCGCAUAUCCAGGACAGUUUCCUAUGCAACUCGGAUGGCUCACGACCAAGUCAGGAAACCAAAGACAGCUAUAGUCAUGUUAAAUAUGGGCGGUCCUACUAAUAUAGAUGAGGUAGGAGACUAUCUUCAUCGAAUCAUGACGGACCGUGACAUGAUACAGCUGCCGGUUCAGAGUAGACUAGGGCCCUGGAUAGCGUCCAGGCGAACAGAAGAUGUACAGAAGAAAUACAGUGAGAUCGGGGGCGGAUCUCCUAUAUUGAAGUGGACUAAUAGCCAGGGGCAUCUACUAGUAGAAGCGUUAGACAAGUUGCACCCAGCGACGGCGCCUCACAAGCACUACGUAUGCUUCAGAUAUGUACCGCCUUUUACGCACGAUGCGUUUAAUGCUAUUGAGAGUGAUGGCGUAGAGAGGGCAGUAAUAUUUUCACAGUACCCACAAUACAGCUGUGCUACAACGGGGUCCAGUUUGAAUGCUAUAGCUGAUUUUUAUAAGGAUAGCUCGCAGGCGGUGUCCCGGGGUGACACAUACCCACACGAGGUGGCAGCGACAGUAGCCAACACGAUGUUACAUUUGAACGUUAAAAACCCAUACAGAUUGGUCUGGCAGUCGAAAGUGGGACCGUUGCCCUGGUUACAGCCGUAUACUGAUGACGCUAUCAAGGCAUACGCGAAGCAGGGCAAGAAAAAUCUACUCCUAGUGCCUAUUGCCUUCGUGAAUGAACAUAUAGAGACGCUGCAUGAAUUGGACAUUGAGUACUGCCAUGAUAUAGCUAAAGAGGCUGGUAUAACGCACAUAGAAAGGGCGGCCACACCGAACGCUCACCCCACCUUCAUAGCGGCGCUAGCAGAUAUUGUAGUAAAACAUUUAACUGACCAAGAAAAAGUAUCAAAACAAUUUUUAACGAGGUGUCCACACUGCGUUAGCGAAAGAUGUAACAGUUCAAAGCAAUUCUUCAAAGAACUCUGUGGAGGUAUAACAACGGACACGAGUGAUUUUACAAAUGAGGAGGCACCGUUAAAAGUCGUUAAAACUUAAAUAAAUACUUUUAAAAUA